AUGCCUGGCAGCUGCUGUUUCAGAAGAUGCCCCUCCGUACCAGCCAUCUCUCUCUGCUCCACCGAGGUGAGCUGUGGAGGACCCAUCUGCUUGCCCAGCUCCUGCCAUACCCAGACGUGGCAGCUGGUGACGUGUGAAGACAGCUGUGGCUCAUCUGGCUGCGGUUCCCAGUGCUGUCAGCCCUCCUGCUCCGAGAGCAGCAGCUGCGCCCAGCCUGUGUGCUGUGAGGCCACGCUGUGCGAGCCGUCCUGUUCUGUGAGCAGCAGCUGCGCCCAGCCCGUGUGCUGUGAGGCCACCCUCUGCCAGCCGUCGUGUCCUGAGAGCAGCUGCGCCCAGCCCGUGUGCUGUGAGGCUACCCUCUGCCAGCCGUCGUGUCCUGAGAGCAGCUGCGCCCAGCCCGUGUGCUGUGAGGCCACUCCCUGCCAGCCGAUCCUCUGUGUGCCCGCUGCCUGCCAGCCCGUCCUCUGUGAGCCCAGCUGCUGUGCGACUCUCUGCCAACCCGUGGUCUGUGAGCCUGCUUGCUGUCAGCCGGUGUGCCCGACGCCUAGCUGCUGCCCGUCUGUCUGUUCUCGGGCCAGCAGCUGCCAGCCUGUCUGCUGUGACUCCAGUCCUUGUGAGCCGCCUUGCUCAGAGCCCAGCGACUGUCAGCCAGCUCCCUGUGUGGCACUCGUCUGUGAGCCGGUCUGUCUCCGUCCUGUCUGCUGUGUUUCCAGCCCCUGUGAGCCUCCUUGUGCCUCCAGCACCUGCCAAGAGCCCCCGUGUUGCGUCUCUGGCCUCUGCCAACCCAUCUGCCCUGAGCCCAGCCCCUCCACCCCGUGUGUUUGUGUGCCCAGUCCUUGCCCACGCACCUACUACGUAGUCAAACGCUGCCACUCCGUCUGCUGUGAGCCCGUUUCCUGCCCCUCGACCUCCUGCCAACCUCUGUACAGCCGUCCGGGCUCCUCUGCCUCUGCCAUUUGCCAACCAAGCUGCGCUCGGACCUUCUACAUACCCAGCUCCUGCAAGCAGCCUUGCAGACCCUCCUUUGCCUACCGCCCCAUCUGCCGCCCCAUCUGCUCUACUCCCAUCACCUUCAGGCAGCCCUACCUGACGUCCAUCUCCUACCGCCCUGCCUGCUACCGGCCCUGCUACUCCAUCCUGCGCCGCCCCGCCUGCUUCACGUCCUACUCGUACCGCCCUGUCUGCUCCCGCCAGCCGUACGCCGAGUCCACCUCCUGUAAACGUGCUUCCAAGGCGUCCACCUCCAGCCAGCCCGACUGCGCCGACUCAGCCCCCUGCAAGGCGGAGGUCUCAGAGGAGACCCCCUGCCAGCCUGUGGAGGCCAAGCCCACCAGCCCAAGCACCCGGGAGGCUGCAGCCCCUCAGCCUGCCGCCAGCAAGCCUGCCGCCAGCAAGCCUGCCAACCGCUGA